CAUCUAGGAUGUCUUUAAGCGGUUCCUGAACAUAAAUGGGCAAGUUCUGCUCUUCUUCCGACCUCUGGAGACAGGACCUCAAAGAAUCAACAUGUUUCUGCUGCAGGAAAAUAUUCCUUUGCCAGAGGUGGCUGCCCAACAAGAAGAUGAUGCUGAAUACAUCCAAACCCCUGCUGACUGUCUUUUCAAGUUCCAGCAAAGGUACAGUGUCCACUGUGAACCUGAGAGCCUGAUAAUACAGCCAGAGCAAACACAAUUUCGCUCAAAGUUUGGCCCAAAUUACCAUCCAACAUUUCAAGUUUUCCUAAAUACAAAUCCACAGAUUGUGACUCUGAUAGUCAAAGACCAAGAGGGAACAGAAACCUGGAAAUCAUCUGUUUACCUGCCAGCACCAAGAACAGAAACCUUGUUGAGGAAUUUCCCAGCUGAGGCCCAAGUCCCAGCAGAUGAGAGGCUUUUCACAAUUCGCUCACGGUUUAUUGACAGUGUUUCUGAGUCUAUUUUAAACAAACUUCUGGAUAAACUCCUCCAGCAGCGUGUUAUCAAUGAUCAGGAGAUGGAAUCAUUCAGGUCAAAGCAGAGCAGAGCAGAUAAAGCACGAGACAUGAUUGACACGGUGCGACGAAAAGGAAGUGAAGCCAGCUCACUUCUGAUCGCUGCUAUCUGUGAGGAGGAUCAAUGCCUUUCCACAGAGCUGAACUUAAUGUGACUUAUAAUGAAAAUAAUAAUAAUAAUAAAUUUUAUUUAUAGGUGCCUUUAAGACCCUCAAAGUCACCUUACAAUAGUACAGUAGCAACAUUACAAUAUAAUCAAACAUAGCAAAAUAAAAUUUAGACAUAAGGUACAAAAAAAAGCAUGAAAGUAUAAUAGCAAGUAUAAAAGCUAAGCAAUGUAAAACCAGACUAAGACGGAAUCAUGGUGAAGGAUAUGGAAUUCUGAAUAGAUGGGUUUUGGGAUGUGAUUUAAAAGUGGUGAGAGAGUUUGUAGUCCAGAGAUCUGGUGGAAGUGCAUUCCAAAAUCUUGGGGCACAACAACUAAAGGCUCUGAGUCCCAUGUUAGGCAGGCGAGUAGGUGGAAAAGACUGAAGGGAGGCUGAAGAAGUACGGAGUGUACGAGGGGAUGAGUACAUAUUGCGAAGAUCACAUAGAUAUGGAGGAGCGAAGUCAUGAAGCACUUUGAAAAUAAGAAACAGGAUCUUGAAAUUAAGACGGAGGUGAAUUGGAAGUCAAUGGAGCUGUUAAGGAACAGGUGUUAUAUGUUUAGUGGACAAGAAGAGGGCAAUUGUUGAUGAAGAUUCUCAAUCUGUAAUUCUGGAUACAAUAUAAGCACCUGUAUUUUACACUGCAAUUUAUGGAGAGAUUUAUGAGGUAGACCAGGGGUCGGCAACCUGCGGCUCCGGAGCCGUAUGCAGCUCUUUUGUCCUUAUACUGCGGCUCCGGGUGGUUUGGGAAAAUAAAUUAGAAGUAUUUAGCUGAAGUGUAUUUUAUUUAUGUUAGUGCUUUUUUAACUUGUAGUUCUAAAUUGGAAGAUUAUUGUGAUUUUGAAAUAUAAAAAUACAAUUAUAUUUUAUUAUUUCAUCGCUCACAAUAAGCGUCACACGCGCGGAAGCCGGUGUACCCGCCGAAACGCCGUGCAUUUAUCGAGACUUUCGACCCCAGAUAGGCCAAUAAUGAAUCUGGAUCCACAUUAUGUCAGCAGCUGUUCUCCACCGUGAACUAUGCCUCACAGAUGACAGCUUACAGUCCUGCGUAAAGAUG